GCCGAACCUGAAGAACAUAGCAUGGGAAGGGUAUAUGGCGUAUCCGGUCCCGUUGUAACCGCUGAGAAUAUGAUCGGAGCCGCCAUGUACGAACUGGUACGAGUUGGCUAUUACCAUCUGGUGGGGGAAAUUAUACGCCUUGAAGGUGAUAUGGCCACAAUUCAGGUAUACGAAGAUACAUCCGGUUUGGCUGUGGGAGAUCCUGUUGAACGUACUGGCAAACCAUUGUCUGUGGAAUUGGCUCCGGGUAUAAUGGGAAACAUAUUCGAUGGCAUACAACGUCCGCUGAGGUCAAUACAUGAACUUACCAAGUCCAUUUACAUACCCAAGGGGGUGGACAUAAAGAGCCUAUCACGUGAUAAGACAUGGGAUUUCGUACCCUGCAAUAUGCGUAUUGGCACAGUGGUAACGGGUGGCGAUAUUUGUGGUUAUGUUGUGGAAAAUUCGCUGGUAACACAUCGAAUCAUGUUACAUCCUCGGGCUAAGGGGAGGGUAACAUAUGUAGCUCCCGCUGGAAAUUACACCAUCGUGGAUGAAAUCCUCGAAACGGAAUAUGAAGAUGUGAAGACAAAGCAUAAAAUGUUACAGGUGUGGCCUGUAAGACACCCGAGGCCGGUGGCGGAGAAGUGGCCUUCAAAUUACCCUUUGUUUACAGGGCAGCGGGUUAUAGAUGCCUUGUUUCCCUCGGUUUUGGGUGGUACCACUGCCAUACCUGGGGCCUUUGGUUGUGGCAAGACGGUUAUAUCCCAGUCGCUUUCGAAAUACUCCAACUCGGAUGUCAUCAUCUAUGUCGGCUGUGGUGAGCGUGGCAAUGAAAUGUCUGAGGUAUUGCGGGAUUUUCCGGAGUUGUCCAUAGAAAUUGAUGGUGUUACAGAGUCCAUCAUGCAAAGGACAGCCUUGGUGGCAAAUACCUCAAAUAUGCCAGUGGCUGCCCGGGAGGCCUCGAUUUACACAGGGAUAACCUUGGCAGAAUAUUUCCGCGAUAUGGGUUACAAUGUUUCAAUGAUGGCUGAUUCCACCUCAAGAUGGGCUGAGGCCUUACGUGAGAUUUCAGGACGUUUGGCGGAAAUGCCUGCUGAUUCCGGUUAUCCAGCUUAUUUGGGUGCCCGUUUGGCUUCAUUUUAUGAAAGGGCUGGACGUGUAAAAUGCCUUGGCAAUCCCAAACGUGAAGGUUCCGUCUCAAUUGUCGGUGCCGUUUCUCCGCCGGGUGGUGAUUUUUCAGAUCCUGUCACCUCUUCCACUUUGGGUAUUGUACAAGUCUUUUGGGGUCUUGAUAAAAAAUUGGCACAACGUAAACAUUUCCCCUCCAUCAAUUGGCUAAUUUCCUAUUCGAAGUAUACCCGGGCCCUGGAUCCAUAUUAUGAUAAAAAUUUUCCCGGAUUCGUACCUUUGCGACAAAAGGCCAAGGAAAUUUUACAAGAAGAAGAGGAUCUCUCAGAAAUUGUUCAACUGGUGGGUAGAGCUUCCCUAGCGGAAUCGGAUAAAUUAACCUUGGAAGUUGCCAAAAUGCUCAAGGAUGAUUUUCUACAACAAAAUUCCUAUUCCUUCUAUGAUCGCUUUUGUCCCUUCUAUAAAACUUUUGGAAUGCUAAAGAAUAUUAUCAACUUUUAUGAAUUGGCCAAGCAAUCUAUGGAAAUGUCCACGGCAAAGGGGGAGCAGAAAAUCACCUGGAAUCAAAUACAAUCGAAAAUGACGGAUAUUCUCUAUCAAUUGCAAUCGAUGAAAUUUAUGGACCCCUUGAAAGAUGGAGAGGACAAGAUUUUGGAAGAAUAUGGCCAACUAAAUGAUUCCAUUGAAGUGGCAUUUAAUAAUCUAAGUGGUGGUGAUUAG